AUGGCUCCUCACACGCCCGCGCCGCCUCUCGGCGCCGGAGGGACGCCGCCGUUCAACGCCACGGUCGUCGGCAAACGCGUGCCCAUCGCGUCCGCUUCCCCGCCAGCAAGCUUGCGGCAGUGCGGACGAGAACAGAGUAUGGAGCAGAAGGAGAACGAGGACGAACUCGAACGCGAAGUCGCGGUUCUCGUCUCCAGCAUCGCGAGACAGGCCUCCAAAGGAUACACCGGAGAAACCUGGUACGACUUUGACUUGCCUCUCGACCGCACGGACCCAAUCACCAUCAUUCACUUCAAUGACGUGUACAACAUCGAGAGCAGGUGCGACGGCACCGGGGGCGUCUCGCGCUUUGUGACGGCGCUCCAGAGUUUCCAGCAUCAGCAUCCUCUCAUCCUCUUUUCUGGCGACGCGCUCAACCCUUCGGUGAUGUCGACGUACACCCGCGGGCGACACAUGAUUCCAUUUUUGAAUUUGUUGAAGAUUCACACGGCCUGCUUCGGCAACCACGACUUCGACUUCGGGAUUGACGAGCUGGAGUACGCAGUCGGCUCCUGCAACUUUCCCUGGCUGAUUUCGAACGUCUUUGAGAAGACCGGGCAAAGCGCGGGCUUGGCCUCGCUCCGGACGAUGGAGAAUUUCAAGCACGAGGAAGAGAGUGAGGGCGUCUUCGCCGAGGACUACGUCGAAGUCCACGGCCUACCCCUCGCAAACGGCAUGAAGUACCGACUCUUUGAAUGGCAAGGCAUUCGCGUCGGAAUCAUCGGCCUCGUCGAAAAGGAAUGGCUUGAAACGCUCGCAUGCAUCGGCAAAGACGACGUGUACUACGUGGACUUUGUCGAGGCUGCAAACUGCUUGUGUCGCAUUCUGCGCCAAAAAGAAUGCGAGUUGAUCAUCGCCCUGACGCACAUGCGCGCGCCGAAUGACGAGCGCCUCGCGAAGGAGGCAGAGGACAUCGACUUGAUUCUCGGCGGGCAUGACCACGACUACUACGGCCUGCAACGCAUCGGGAACAUUCCCGUCGUGAAGUCGGGCACGGACUUUCGCGACUUCACAGUGAUCACCAUCUACCCUGGGCACCGGUCCCGGGUGGACGCGUCGCCGUCUUCCCCACAGUCGCGCGCGUCUUCUCCGACACGCGCAGGCAACUCGCCUUCUAAGAUCCAUCCCCACGAGGACGGGCCCCAGUUGACCGCCUCGGCAGCCUCCAACGCUUCCUCUUCUUCCUCUUCUUGUUCCUCUGCGUCUUCCUCUGCUUCUCCCUGUGGCGACGUGGGUUUGGGGCGCGAUCGGGCGAAGCGCGAAGAAGAGGCAUGCUGCUCAGGGGGGAUGAGCAUCCGCAUCAAGAAGGUUUUUUCGGAAAAACAGCUGUUGCAGGGAAGCCCGAGUCCGUCGCUCGCCUCUGGUGCCGAGAUCUCUCGCGACUCAGCGUCGCCCGCGCCGCUGUCGCCUGCGCUCCUCGCUGAGCAGAAUUCGCCAGCUGGUUUCUUCUCCCCGACCGCUGCUAGCGGCAGAGCCACAGCGGGCCUCGGCUCGCCUCAUUCGCCGCUCUCGCCUCCGCUUUCCUCGGGAAGUUUGCCUGUGACGCCGAAACUGAACCGCUUCAGAUCCUCCACAUUUGUCAGCGAAGAGGCUGCGAGGCGAGAAGCCGCCGUCACGCCUGACAUGUUCCGAGGGCCGUUGCUGCCGACGACGAUGGAGGGUGGCGAAGAAGUUAUGCCCUUCUUCCUCGGCGGUUCGAUUGUGGAGUGGUCGCGCGUUCGCGUGGACCGUGAGCACUACGAAAAGAACAAGCACGUGGAGUUACUCGUGAAGAAGUAUGAGCAGAAUCUGAAGAAGCAAAUGAAGCAGGUUCUCGUCGACGCCGGCUGCGUCCUCGAGACGCGCUUCGCCGUCAUCCGCACCUCCGAGAGCAACGUGGGGAACUGGCUUUGUGACAUCAUGCGCCGCGAGUGCCGCGCAGAUGUCGCGAUUCUCAACUCCGGCACGAUUCGCUCCGACUGUCUCUUUCAGCCGGGGCCGUUCCGUUUCGGCGACUUGGCGGCAAUGCUGCCGAUGGCAGACACACUGUGCGUGAUCGCAGUCCACGGCAGUGUCCUUCUCGAAGUGCUGGAAAACGCCGUGUCGCAGGUGCCCAAGACCGAAGGCCGGUUUCUGCAAGUUGCGGGUCUGCGGUUUGCCUUCGACUCCUCGAAACCCCCAGGCCAGCGUGUCCUUCGCGACUCCGUCAAAGUCACCAAAGACGCAUGCGGCGGCGUCCGCAGCGGCGCAAACACUCCCGUUGGUGGGGGAAAGCACGACGACGAGUAUAUCCCCCUCGACACGAACCGCGUCUACAGCGUGGCCACAAAGACCUACGUGGCCCAGGGUCGCGACGGCUUCGACGUGUUGAGCACGUGUCCGACGCUGGUGGAGGACGAGUUGCUUGCGCCGCUGCCGACGAUGGUCCGCUCGGCGCUCUCAAUGGCGGAGCUGGCGAAUGGGCUGAAACGGCCUCACUCACGCAUCACAUUCAAGCGCCUGACCUCCUUCACGUCCAUGCAGCAAGACGACAUGAUCAAAGAUUUUGGCUGCUGCGUCACCUCCAACUUCAACUACGUCCUCGCCCCCAAGGUCGACGGCAGAAUUGUCGACGUCGCGAAGAAGGGUGGAGCGGCAGAAACGCCCUGA